UAGGCCGCUCACGAGGUUUCCCUCUUUCUCAGCACCUUGUCGGAGCGGGUCGGUACCUGGCUCGGAUGGACUGGUGAAAUCUACCAAAUUCACCAUCAAGUCAGCCAAUCUGUCGUUCCGACUAGCGAGCCACCGAAAUGCCGGCAUAUUUCCAACGACCGGAGAAUGCUCUGAAACGAGCCAACGAGUUUUUGGAGGUGGGCAAGAAGCAGCCAGCCUUGGAUGUUUUGUAUGAUGUCAUCAAGAGCAAGAAGCAUCGAACAUGGCAGAAGAUCCACGAACCCAUCAUGCUCAAGUACCUGGAGCUCUGCGUGGAUCUGCGCAAGAGCCACCUGGCCAAGGAGGGCCUGUACCAGUACAAGAACAUCUGCCAGCAGGUGAACAUCAAAUCGCUGGAGGAUGUGGUCAGGGCUUACCUGAAGCUUGCUGAGGAGAAGACUGAGACGGCCAAAGAGGAGUCUCAGCAGAUGGUCCUGGACAUCGAGGAUCUGGAUAACAUUCAGACUCCAGAGAGCGUGCUCCUGAGUGCUGUGAGCGGAGAGGACACUCAGGACCGUACGGACCGUCUGCUGCUCACUCCCUGGGUGAAAUUCCUGUGGGAGUCCUACCGCCAAUGCCUGGAUCUACUGCGAAACAACUCAAAGGUGGAGCGCCUGUACCAUGACAUCGCCCAGCAAGCAUUCAAGUUCUGCCUUCAAUACACCCGUAAGGCUGAGUUUCGUAAGCUGUGUGACAACCUGCGUAUGCACCUGGGCCAGAUCCAGCGCCACCACAACCAGAGCACCGCCAUCAACCUGAACAACCCCGAGAGUCAGUCCAUGCACUUGGAGACACGUUUGGUGCAGCUGGACAGCGCCAUCAGCAUGGAGCUCUGGCAGGAGGCAUUUAAGGCUGUUGAGGACAUCCAUGGCCUGUUUGCCCUUUCUAAGAAGCCUCCCAAGCCCCAGCUGAUGGCCAACUACUACAACAAGGUGUCCACUGUGUUCUGGAAGUCUGGUAACGCUCUCUUCCAUGCCUGCACCCUCCACCGGCUCUAUCACCUGUCAAGGGAGAUGCGCAAGAACCUCACUCAAGAGGAGAUGCAGAGGAUGUCCACUAGGGUCCUCCUAGCCACACUGUCCAUUCCCAUCACUCCUGAGCGCACCGAUAUCGCUCGACUGUUGGACAUGGAUGGCAUCAUUGUGGAGAAACACCGCAGGCUAGCCACCCUCCUUGGCCUGCAGUCUCCACCAACUCGCCAGAGCCUCAUCAAUGACAUGGUGAGAUUUAACUUGCUGCAGUACAUUGUACCUGAAGUGAAGGAACUUUACAACUGGCUCGAGGUAGACUUCCACCCUUUGAAACUGAGCGGAAGAGUGACCAAGGUGUUGAACUGGGUGAGAGACCAGGCGGAGAAGGAGUCUGACCUGCAGCAGUAUGUCCCUCACCUGCAGAAUAACACCAUCCUAAGGCUUUUGCAGCAGGUCGCUCAGAUCUAUCAAAGCAUCGAGUUCAGCCGUCUAGCUUCUCUGGUUCCAUUUGUGGAUGCCUUCCAGCUGGAGCGCUCCAUCGUGGACGCCGCUCGACACUGUGACCUGCAGGUUCGGAUUGACCACACGUCUCGAACACUGAGCUUCGGUUCUGACUUGAACUACUCAACCAAAGAGGACUCACCAGUUGGUCCGUUCCUGCAGAACAUGCCCUCUGAGCAGAUCAGGAAUCAGCUGACUGCAAUGUCCUCCUCUUUGGCCAAGGCCAUCCAGGUCAUCAAGCCAGCCUCCAUUCUGCAAGAGCGCGAGGAGCAGAGCCAGCAGGCCAUUGCUGCCUAUUUGAAAAACGCUCGUAAGGACCACCAGCGCAUCCUGGCCCGCAGACAGACCAUUGAAGAGCGUAAGGAGCGCUUGGAGAGCCUGAACAUCCAGCGAGAGAAGGAAGAGCUGGAGCAGCGUGAGGCAGAGAUGCAGAAAGUCCGUAAGGCUGAGGAGGAGCGCCUGCGGCAGGAGGCCAAAGAGAGAGAGAAGGAGCGCAUCAUGCAGGAGCACGAGCAAAUCAAGAAGAAGACAGUGCGCGAACGACUGGAGCAGAUCAAGAAGACUGAACUCGGAGCCAAGGCCUUUAAGGAUAUUGACAUUGAGGACCUGGAAGAGCUAGACCCCGACUUCAUCAUGGCUAAGCAGGUGGAGCAGCUGGAGAAGGAAAAGAAGGAACUUCAGGAGCGUCUGAAGAACCAGGAGAAGAAGAUCGACUACUUUGAGAGGGCAAAACGCCUUGAAGAAAUCCCUCUUAUCAAAAAGGCUUAUGAGGAGCAGCGUAUUAAGGACAUGGAACUGUGGGAGCUCCAGGAGGAGGAGAGGAUCAGCAACAUGAAAGUUGAACGGGAGAAGGCUCUGGAGCACAAGCAGCGCAUGUCCAGGAUGAUGGAGGACAAGGAGAACUUUGUGUCUAAAAUAACAGCAGCCCGUAGUUUCAUUUAUGAGGAAAAACUAAAAGCGUUCCAGGAACGCUUGGUGGAGGAGAGGAAGAAACGUCUGGAGGAGAGGAAGAAGCAACGCAAAGAAGACAGACGUAAUGCUUACUAUCGCCAGAAAGAGGAGGAGGCACAGCGUAUCCAUGAGGAGCAGCUGAAGAAAGAACGUGAGGAGCGUGAGCGCCUGGAACAAGAGCAGCGUGAGGAGGAGGAGAGGGAGUACCAGGAGCGCCUACGCAAACUGGAGGAGCAGGAGAGAAAACAGCGCGCCCGUCAGCAGGAGAUCGAGGAGCGCGAACGCCGUCGUGAGGAGGAGAGAAGAGCCCCAGAAGAGAAACCAGCCAGGGACUGGGGUGAGAAGGAGGAAGGUGGAGGAUGGCGGAAGCGCACUGAUGGUGAUUCUGAUUGGCGACGCUCUGUGCCUGAUAGGGACUGGAGGCAGGAGGGCCGUGAUGACGAUAGGGAAGAUAGAGAGCCACCCUUCAGGCGAGGAGACGGCCCACGCAGGGGCGGAGAUGACCGAGGGCCCCGCCGGGGCUUUGAUGACGACCGAGGCCCUCGUCGUGGCGGUGACGAUGACCGUCCUCCACGGAGAGGGAUGGACGAUGACCGUCCUCCACGCAGAGGCUUCGAUGAUGACCGCGGUCCAAGAAGAGGUGGAGAUGAUGACCGUGGCCCGAGGCGAGGUUUUGACGACGACCGCGGCCCCAGACGUGGCUUCGAUGAUGACAGAGGUCCACGUAGAGGCAUGGAUGACUCUAGGGGUCCAAGGCGUGGAGCUGAUGAUGACUGGGGUCCCAGAAGAGGAGGAGAUGACGAUAGAGGUGGCAGGAGAGGCAUGGAUGACGGGCCGCGUCGUGGUGGUGAUGACUCCAAGCCCUGGAAACCCCUUGGCAGACCUGGUAUGGAUCUGACUUGUCAGUCUCCAGUGAAAACAGGUGGUUGGCGUGAACGAGAGAAGGCUCGUGAAGACAGCUGGGCUCCUCCCCGUGGCGGUGGCCGUGAUGACGGAGACGAUGCCGACGGAGAUGAGAGACUCGGCGAUCGCUUCAGAGAGCGUCGCUCAAACAGAGAGGAGAGUGGCUGGAGGAAGGGAGGCACAGACGAGAACAGCUGGAGAGAAUCUCGCCGUGACGAUGCUGACCGCGAUGAUCGCCGUGGUGACCGUGAUGAUCGCCGUGGUGACCGUCGUGACAGAGACCGUCGGGACGACCGUGACCUCAGAGGCCCACCCAGAGAACAUGAUGAUGGAGGAUCUUGGCGUCGUGGUACAGAAGAUAAGAGGGAUGAUCGGGAGCGGGACAGGCCGAGGGACAGGGAUCGUGACCGUGAAGCUGAAGGGGAGAAGAGCUCCUGGCGCGCUGACAAAGAAAACCCCCGUCGCACCAAGAAUGAGACAGAUGACGACGGCUGGACUACAGUCCGCCGCUGAGUCACGUUACCUGUUUCUGCUGCCAGAUGGCUCAAGUAAUGAUAAUUGGUUUUGAAAAACAGUGUCCAAUACCCCAUCAGCCAACUGACCACAGUGGUGAAUUGAUGACAAAAAGCUUCAGAUGUUUAUGUGCAUUAUUAUUACCUUGAAUUAAACAAUUGUAGGCAGUAGUAUUUCAAGGGUUUUCUUUUUCCUUUUCCUUUUUGACGUUAAGCAAUUCUUUUUGUAACAUGGCGGUGCUUGCUGUCAGAACCAGAGGCUCUCCCACCACACAAACACAAUCCACCAAUGAACUUGUGUGCACUUAACGCCCAUCUGUGUGAUAUUCUCUGCCCCUAGUGGUUAGGAGUGUCAUUGCCCAGAAGAAUACAAUCAAACUGGCUAAAAACAAACAUCUGUAUUAGCUUCACCUCUCACAAGUAAAAUGCAAUCUAUCACUGACUGCCUAUUUUUAAUGGUUUACCUUUGCAUAGACUAAAUGCUGUGACAUAGAUCAGCAGAUCUGGUGAUGGAGAAUGAAUAGAUAUUUAUCAUCUGCUUCAAUGAUCUCUGCUGUUCAUCUCCUAAUGUUUCAGAUUCUUCUUAACCUCUUGAAUAACUUGUGGAAUUUCCAUUUUGAUUUGCAUGCUUAGAGUAUUCAAUUGAUCUCUCUCGGUAUCCAGUGUGUGGUUCUAUCUUGCUGCAUUCAACUGUAUGAAACCAGGUUGCAUGUGUACAGAUAAAGCCUUUAUUAAUAAAGCAGUUUGCUCACCAGUGA